UCGCUGACUCGUAUUCUGCACAACAACUGUGAUUGUCACAUCACUAGCAGCAGCUUCCAGCUCCAAACUGCUGACCCCACCGCCCAAACCACAGGCACCAUGUCCACCUCCCUCAGAGUCAGCCCCUCCGUGCAUGGCUACCACUUCGACACUGCCAACCGCAAGAGAGCCACGGGCAACAUCUUCGAAGGGGUGGAUCAGGACUCCCUGCAGAGGCUCUUUAAAAAGACCGGCGACAAAAAGGCGGAGGACCGGGCCAGGAUCAUCUUCUGCAUCGACCAGGACAAUGAGGAGAAAGGCAGGGCGCUGCUGGCCCUCAAGCAGAGGACCAGGGACAAGAUCCUGCAGUUCCUCAAGCUCAGGAAGCUCCCCAUCAAGGUGAUCUGAGGCCUGGCGACCGCAGAGCUUGCGAUCUAAGCAGAGAAGCGGCUCCUCCUGAGACUGGAGGAAGCCGGCGAGGACGGUUCGAAGGAGCCCGCCGCCGAAAAGCCUGAGCCUGAUCCCUUCGCGGUGGUCGAUGGGACCGGUCCGCAGAGCUGGCGAUCCGACCUCAAGAGACUGUCCUCAUGA